UGAAAAACAGAGUAGCAGAAGAAACGCAUGGCUCCGAUGAAGGUUCAACCGAUUGCAAUCGACAUCGAUUCCGAGAAGGUGAAGGACGCGGUGGUGGUUCGGAACGAGUCAGUGUUGAAGUCGCGUCUGAAACGGUUGUUCGUCUUUGACCGUCAGUUACCGAAGAACAACAAAGAUGUAGCAACAGAGUUCGAACCGAGCUCGGUGUGCUUGGCGAAAAUGGUGCAGAAUUUCAUGGAGGAACAACCUCCGGCACCGAAAUGCGGUCGCAACCGCUGCAACUGCUUCAACGCAAAUAGCUCCGACGAAGACGAUUUCGAUCUCUUUGGUGCACCGCCACCAGAAUCAUCCAUUACCGACGCCGCUGAAUCUCUCAAGACUUUGAUCCCCUGCGCGAGUGUAGGCGAGAGGAACCUGUUAGCUGACGUGGCUAGAAUCGUGGAGAAAAACGGCAAGUUGUUUAAGAGGAAAGACGAUCUGAUAAAGGUAGUCGCGGAAGCACUUUCCUCCGCUCUCGGUUACGAUUCUUCCAUCUGCAAAUCGAAAUGGGAGAAAACUUCGUCGUGUCCUGCUGGUGAAUAUGAAUUCAUAGAUGCGAUUGUGGAAGGUGAGUGGUUGAUCGUGGAUGUCGAUUUUCGAUCCGAGUUUGAGGUGGCGAGAUCCACGGGAAGUUACAAGGCAAUUCUUCAAUCGCUGCCGUUCAUCUUCGUUGGAAAAUCUGAGAGACUGAAGCAGAUCGUGGCGAUUGUCUCCGAAGCGGCAAAGCAGAGUUUGAAGAAGAAAGGAAUGCACGUUCCGCCCUGGAGGAAGCGCGAUUACAUGCUCGCAAAGUGGCUCUCUCCGUCCAGCGUUAGGGAGAAGCAACCCCCGUCCUCCUCCGUGCAAGUCGCCGUAGCUCCACCGGAAACAAUGUACUCCGGUGAUGCAGCGUCGAGGGAGAGCGAUUGCGGUGAGUUGGAGCUGAUCUUCAGCGAGUCACCGCCGAAGAACGAGACCGAGUCCGAGUCCGAGGCUGAUUCCGGCAAGGAGAAGGCGGAGUCGCCAUCACCUACCACGGCGUGGCAACCGCCAGCGGUGAAGCCGAAGAGCGUCGAGAGAGGGACCAAGGUGGUUACCGGAUUGGCCUCUCUUCUCAAGGACAAACCAUAGAAAUCUUUUUUGUUAUUUUUCUUUUUUUUUUUUAGUUCCGAAAUUAAAAAAUUAAAAUAUAAAAGAGAAAAUAUCGGAUGAGGCUCCCUUUUUUAUGAAGUAUUUUUGUUUUCCCUUCUUUUGUUAUCAAGGGAAAAUUUGUAAGAAGUAACUUUUUGUUAUUUUUUUUUUGGUUCGCACCAUGUAAGUGUAAGAAGCUGCUGCCACAGCAAUAUCAUCUGUAAUAAAAUCAAAAGCUGAAAUUAAAAUUUUUCUAAA